AUGGGUUUCUCAGCAGAGAACGGCAAAUGGGUUAUUUCCGGCAUCUCGCUCCGGGCUCCCUUGAAGCCAAUUUUCACGGAGAGAGAUGCCGGCGACGGCGGUGUGGAUGACGAGAAGUACGGAUCUCCGACGACUCCAAAGAGCGAGGAGGCGAGGAUACCGGUGAGGCUGCCCUGCCCGCCGCCUCCGAGGAAGCGGAGGGCCACCAGCUUGAAGCGGAACUGCAACGGCGGCGGAGCGAGGGAGUUCUUCGUCCCUCCCGACUUGGAAACCGUCUUCGUAUGCCGCCACGUUCAAAGGGCUGGCGCUAGCUACUACUAUAAAACUUAG